AUGAAUCAACAUCAUCGUGUUCGUAUAUGUGAUAACCUCAAAUUGAAUCCAAUGGAAGAACGAAUUAUUGAAGUUAAAAUUAUUGAUUUAACUAAUUGUGAUACAGUACAAUUUAUUCCAAAACCUCGUUUUUUAUAUGAAGAUUCAAUACUGAUACUACAUGCACUGAUUAAUAUGAAAAACUAUAAAGCAAUAAUGACAAUUACAAAUAUUUUAAAUCGUUCUAGAAUUAUUAACAAAAAUACUUCCAUUGGAAUUAUUAAAAUCGAAUUACCAAAUUCAAGUUGUUUUUCAAUUUCAUUUCCAUCAUCACAACAACAGGCAAAUGACCAUGAAGAUAUACAAAUACCCAUCCAGAUACAAGAUACUAUUGAUGAAAUGAUUUCUCAUCUUAAUCAGGAACAACAACAAUCACUAUUACCCAUUCUUUACAAAUACUAUUUAUUAUUUGAUACUUCGUCACCAAAAAUUGUAAAUACGCAUAUACAUCAUAUAAUACCUACAGGAAAUCACGGUUCAGUUAACUCUAGAGCAUAUCGAGUAAACCCAGAAAAACAACAGAUUAUUGAUAAUGACAUAAACUCCAUGUACAGAUCUGGCUUAAUUCGACCAUCACAAUCUACAUGGUCUUCUCCAUGUUCAUUUGUAAGACCUGAAUUUGAUUAUCUCGGACAUACAAUUAAUGCUAAUGGAUUUCAACCACUCAACACCAACAUCGAUGCCGUUGUCAAAGUGCCUAAUCCAAGAACAACAAAACAGGUUCAUUCAUUUCUUCAAACGGCAAAUUUUUAUCGUAAGUUUAUACAUAAUUUUACUGACUUAACUCGUCCUUUACGACCAUCUCAAAAGAAAAACGUGAAGUUCUAUUGGGGCGAACGAGAGCAAAUGGCAUGGGAUGGUCUGAAUACAGCAUUGACUAUACCACCAGUUUGUUUAAAUUUUCCCAUGCGUGAUGCUAAAACAAACAAAAAUUAUCCGUAUGUUCUUUCAACAGAUGCAUCACAAUUUAACAUUGCUGAACGAAAUUAUUCAACAUUUGAACGAGAAUGUCUUGGAAUUGUUUGGUCAGUAACAAAAUUGAGAGAUUAUCUUGCUGAUGAAUCUUUUACUUUCGAAACUGAUCAACAAUCAGCUCGAAAGAUCCAUUUAAAUCGCUCAUCCACAAACAGAAAAGUCAACAACUGGAAAUUACAAUUACAAGAUUAUGAUAUUAUUGCAAUUAAACAUGAACCUGAAACAAGAAAUUGCGAUGCUGAUUACAUGUCACGUCAUCCAUUAAUCAGUGAAGAAGUUAAUGAUGAAUUCGAUGAUUUUUCAUCAACUACACCAUCAUUUAGCACAUCAUCAACACCUUUUCGUUUAAAAAUGCUAUCACCUCUUUAUCCUCAUCGAUGA